CUCCCAACUUUCAUCUCUGCACAAAUUCGUACCUAAACAUAACCUCCACCAAUGGCAGAGAAAUCAUCUUCACCUUUUCUCUCUUUUUUUGUUGCAACUUGUCUUCUACUUCUAAAUCUUUCUCUUUCUGUUUCUGCGGCAGCACCAUCUCCUUCAUCAUCAUCAUCUACACUCUAUCCCACUUUCCUUCACUGUCUCACACAGCAAACAAACUCCUCAUCAACUCAACUCUCCAACAUAGUCUUCGACAGAUCCAACGCUUCCUUCUCCACGGUUCUCCAAAACUACAUCCGCAACGCGCGUUUGAACACGUCAUCAACGCCUAAGCCAUUGAUCAUCGUCACUCCCCUUCAAGAAUCCCACGUUCAAGCCGCAGUUAUCUGCGCCAAGAGCAUUCCUAUCCAAAUCAAGAUCAGAAGCGGCGGUCAUGACUACGAAGGAAUCUCGUAUAUCUCUGAUGAGCCAUUCAUCAUCCUCGACAUGUUCAAUCUCAGAACAGUCACCGUCGAUAUAGCUUCAGAAACUGCCGUCGUUCAAGCCGGUGCCACGCUCGGUGAGCUUUACUAUAACAUAUGGAAGAACAGCAAGAUCCAUGGCUUCCCUGCCGGAGUGUGCCCCACCGUUGGUGUCGGUGGACACCUCAGCGGCGGAGGCUACGGCGCCAUGCUCAGGAAAUACGGUUUAUCUGUCGACAACGUAAUCGACGCACAAAUUGUCGAUGUUAAGGGAAGAAUACUCGAUAGAAAAUCCAUGGGGGAGGAUCUAUUUUGGGCGAUUAGAGGUGGUGGAGGAGCCAGCUUCGGCGUCGUUUUGUCGUACACUAUAAAGUUAGUUACGGUUCCGGAGGUUGUAACCGUUUUUCAGGUUGAAAGAUAUUACGAAGAGAAUUCAACUGAUUUAGUUCUUCAGUGGCAACAAGUUGCUCCAACCACCGAUGAGAGACUUUUCAUGAGGCUGCUUCUGCAGCCUGUAACCUCCAAGAUCGUUAAGAAAACGAAAUCCGUUAGAGCAACCGUUAUAGCGCUUUUUCUUGGCGGUGCCGACGAGGUAGUUUCGAUUCUGAGCAAGGAAUUCCCUGUUCUUCGACUCAAGAAAGAGAACUGCACAGAAAUGAGUUGGAUUGAAUCUGUGAUUUGGUACAACGACGACGCCGAUUACAACAACGGCGCUAAGCCGGAGAUUCUUCUCCAAAGAGAUCUCAAUUCUGCGAGUUUCCUCAAGAGGAAAUCCGAUUACGUUCAGACUCCAAUUUCCAGAGACGGAUUGGAAUGGAUCUUUAAAAGAAUGGUGCAGUUGGGAAAAGUUGGGUUCGUGUUCAAUCCUUACGGAGGGAAGAUGGCUGAGAUCCCGGCGGACGCGACGCCGUUCCCUCACCGUGCCGGAAACUUGUUCAAGGUUCAAUAUUCUGUGAACUGGGAUGAUCCGUCGGCCGGUGCGGCAGUGAAUUUCACGAAUCAGGCUAAGAGGCUUUACAGUUACAUGACGCCGUUUGUGUCAAAGAAUCCAAGAAGUGCGUACUUGAAUUACAGAGACCUUGACAUUGGCAUCAAUUCAUUUGAUGCGCAUAGCUUUCAGGAAGGCGAGGUUUAUGGCUCCAAGUACUUCAAUGGCAACUUUGAUAGGCUCGUCAAGAUUAAGACUGCUGUUGAUCCUGACAACUUCUUCAGGAAUGAACAGAGUAUUCCAAUUCUUCCAAGCAACACCAACGCCUAAUCAGUUACAGACUCAUCAUCAUGUUAUAUUGUUGGACCCUAGAAUUAUUAAUAAUUAGCUCGUGAAUAUUUAAAAUAAUUUGUUGUUUAUGUAUGCUUGGCCUAUAUAUAUGUCGUCGUUUUUGUAAUUUAUUCCUUUUUGGGUAGGAAGACAGUAAACAAAGAAAAGACAGACACACAAAGGCCUUUAUUUAUUGGUUCGUUUUAGUGUCUAAUAGGAAUCAUAUUUAUAUGAGAAAGGAUACUUACAUAAUUUUUUAAA